CAACAUGCCAGCAACUACGAGUCCAGCGCAAUAACCGUUCUAAUCAUGCAUGUCGUGCCUAUUGUUUGCCUACGCUCUAAAUGCCUCAUCUUCUAACUGAACGUGACGCGGCUAUACACGGAGGCAGGGUACACCGACUUCUCUGUGUUCUCGUUGUGACGACAAGCGCCUUGACAGCCGGCUCGACCUCCUCCCUCGCGGUUGAGCCAACACCCCCAUUUGGAAGCUGCGCAUCAUUGAUAAAGGGACGGCGCUAGGGUGCAGCGAUGACAAGAGAGUGCACGAGCAGGAAAUAAUCAAGAGGGCAAUUAAGAGCAAUUUGCGGAAGCGAUUCGGUUACCUGGCCCCAACCGCGGUGUUUUCAUGGGGUUUGGUUCACAGGGAGUGCUGCGCAUAAUCAACACCGCUAAAAGUUCCAGAAAUGGGAAAUAUUUGCAACUUGUGUAACCACGUUGGACCAUGAUGUUGUUUGCAUAGUUGAAUCAGUAACAGGCACAAAAACAGACUAUUCCUCGGCUUGCCCACGUGAUGCAGUUCAGAUGGCAUGCGCAACUAAAAGAACAUCAGCGGCAGAAACCAGUGCACGAGAAACAUUUUUCAUUGACGGCCUCAGGAGGGGGUUCCAAGAUUAGAGACGAGAAGAGAAGAAGAGACGAAAACGACUGAGCUACGCCUGAUUAAUGCAUGUUCUUCUUACGCACGAUGUAGAUGAGGGAGCUUCUCCAGGCUACACCACCAUAAUCCAUCUGAUAGUGCGGUACUAUGUUUAUGACAGAACUGCCUGUUGUGGUUGCAAAGAACUUUAAGUGCAGGGUCAGACGACGAACUCUGGAGUUUCAGCAUGCAGGCGUUAUGCCCAAUAAUUAUAUUUUUAACAAUACUGGGUCAGACAAGAAUGAGUUCCAUGCGCAAUGAUAUUUUAAGAAUUCCGAUACCAACAGAGCCCGAUGAUCCCAAGUUGGACCCGAACGUCGUCUGUCGAACGUAUCCGGACUUGACCCCGGAGCAGUUCGAAAUGUGUCUCCAAUACCCGGAUGUAGCAGCGUCUGCCAUCCAGGGGAUCCAGAUCGCCAUGCAUGAAUGCCAACACCAGUUCAUGGAUCACCGGUGGAACUGCUCUUCGUUAGAAACUAAGAAUAAAAACCCGCAUUCUAGCCCGUUCUUAUCAAGAGCAGGAUUCCGAGAGACCGCUUUUGCCUAUGCUAUCUCUGCAGCGGGGGUGACCGCACAAGUUGCAAAAGCAUGUGCCAUGGGGAAACUAGUAUCCUGUGGAUGCGACAGUAGAAUCCAAGGAAAAAUAAACCCUACAACCAAAAAAUGGGAUUGGGGAGGAUGCAGUCAUAACGUCAAUUUUGGAGAAAGUUUCACAGAAAAGUUUCUGGAUUUCAAGGACAUUGUUCAUUCCGACAUCCGGGCCCAAAUAAAUUUACACAACAAUAGGGCCGGGAGACUGGUAAGUAAUUUUGUGUAA